CAAAACCCUAUCAUUUCUCACACUCUCUCAAAAUGCAGUCUCGGCAAUAGAUGCUUAGUCACAGAGCUACUCAUCAAUGGUUUCCAUGGCGAUCCUGGCUCGAUCCCGACCGUUCAUAAAAAACCUAAGUUACGAUUCCAUCAAAUCCAUCACAACCUUCACAUUUCUCCGGCAAGAGCCCCAGCUCGCAGAGUCACCACCACCACCACCACCACCACAAUCAGAAGCAGCAGCAGCAGCAGCAGCACCACCACCACCACAAUCAGCACCACCACCACAAUCAGAAGCAGCAGCAGCACCACCACCACAAUCAGAAGCAGCAGCAGCAGCACCACCACCACAAUCAGAAGCAGCAGCAGCACCACCACCACCACAAUCAGAAGCACCACUGCCACCCAACCCAGCCUCAGGCAGUCCACUCUACAGCAAGGACUGGCGAAACCCGGUCCCGAACACCGCAGCCUCUCUAUCUCAGGAAGUCAUCCCCAUAGGGUUCAUCAACCAAUUGCCCAUCGAACAUGUCCAACUCCUCUCGAAAAACCUAGACGUCCCGACCAUCUCGAAUGUCUUCGCCGAUUGGAUGACUUCGCAGCGAUGGAAGGACAUGAAGAAGCUCUUCGAGUUCUGGGUCAAGUGGCUCGACACUAAAGGGAAGCCCAAUCAGCCUGACGUGAACUUGUACAAUCAAUACCUGAGGGCUAAUCUGAUGAUCAAAGCGUCGGCCGCCAAAAUGUUGGAUCUGGUGGCGGAAAUGGAGAACUACGGCAUUAUGCCCAACACUGCGUCGUUUAAUUUGGUCCUCAAGGCGAUGUAUGAGUCCAGAGAGAGCGUUGCCGCCGAAAAAUUGCUUCAACGGAUGUUGCAGACAGGAAGAGAAUCACAGCCUGAUGAUGAGUCAUAUGACUUGGUUAUAGGAUUGCUGUUUUUAACACACCAGAUUGAUACUGCCCUAAAAUAUACAGACUUGAAUUUAAAAUCUGGGCAGAUGCUAUCGGUGAAUGUGUUUAACAAAUGUGCGCAGAGCUGUGUCAGAAUGGGGAGGCUGGAUACUUUGGUUUCAAUUAUAGAGAGAUGCAAGGAAAUGGAACAGAACAAAGCCCUUAGUCCCCCUUGGAACUUAUGCAUCAAUAUUGCAGAUGUUGCAGUGCAGGAGGAUAAUGGUGAAUUAGCUUUUUAUGCACUGGAAUUCCUGGCUAAAUGGAUUAAUCGGGGUGAGAAGGCGAGGCCCCUUGUAAUGCUCUCUGUGGAUGAGGGGCUGGUUGUGUCUCUGCUCGGAACUGCCUCUAGGACAUACAAUUCCAAACUCUUGGAAGGAUCAUGGGAAAUACUAAAGCGCUCAUUGCGUCAAAAGAAGCCUAAUGCAGAAUCUUACCUCGCAAAGAUAUCUGCUUAUGCUUCGCUGGGGAAUCUGAAAAUGGCUUUUAGUACACUGCACGAAUUUGAGACCACCUAUGCGAAUUCUACUAAAGAAGCUGAAGAGGAUCUAUUCUCUCCAUUUUCCUCGUUGUAUCCACUUGUUGUGGCGUGCACCAAGAAUGGCUUUGUGACUUUGGAUUCAGUCUACUAUCAACUGGAAAACUUGAGGCAAGCUGAUCGUCCUUACACGUCUGUUGCUGCACUGAAUUGUGUAAUUCUAGGUUGUGCCAAUAUAUGGGAUGUUGAUCGGGCCUACCAAACUUUUAAUGCAAUUGGUUCCAGUUUCGAUCUGAUGCCUGAUAUCCAUUCAUACAAUUCUCUGAUGCAUGCAUUUGGGAAGCUCAAUAAGACAAUUGAAGCUUCAAGUGUAUUUGAGCAUUUAAUUAGUAAGGGUGUGACACCGAAUGCAAUGACGUAUUCUCUGCUUGUUGAUGCUCAUCUCAUCAAACGAGAUCCAAAGGCCGCUCUCUCUGUGAUAGACGAGAUGGUAAAUGUUGGAUAUGUACCAUCAAAGGAAACACUAAAAAAGGUCAGAAGGCGAUGUAUUCGAGAGAUGGACCGUGAGAGUAACGACAAGGUGGAGUUCUUGGCCAAAAAGUUCAACAUCAUAUUGGGCUCAGAGAAACGUCGAAACAUGCUGUUUAAUCUCGAGUACAGUACUGAUUAUGCAUGAUAGGAUGGAACUGAUUUAGGCAAGUGCUCAUGCAGAAUGAGAGGACGCUUUCGUGCGAUUUGAGGAGGAAAGCCGGAAGAAUUUUUUUGGCGUUAACAAUUGCGAAAAUGUGUUACCAACCGAUUAUAUCAGGAAUCAACAAUGAGCUGUACAGCAGGAUAGUCCACCAACAUAUCCAUAAACCCAUGGAACUCUGAUAAAGUGAAUCCGGGUCUUCAGCAAAGCCUCCUGUGGAUUUCUCCAACACCAGAUGAACUUUAUGUUGCUGUAGUUCGGAGUUUUAUUGACCACCGGCUUUCUGGUCUUGUGUUAGUUCCUUGGGGACUUUAAUGGGAUUGUUUGUUUUUCAGUCAUUUGGGCAGAUUGUUGAAUAGAGUUGUAGACACUUUGGGACAUAAUAAAAUUGGUGAUUCAAUUAGUGGACA